UAAAACUCUCGUGCGUUAUUGUACCAGACUUCGUCGAGACCCUGACAAGAUGUUGCCCAUUUUGGCGGAGAACUUUGCCUCUUCAGUUUACUUUAUGUCGAUAACCACUAUGGUCCUCAAUGACCCGAAUCUCAGCAAGAAUCAGAUGAACCAGGACUUUUGCUUUGAAGACAUGACAAGGACCAGCUAUCCGCUGCUGCCACUUAUUACACUGAGACAUCCAAUAAAACUUCUCGAUCAAAGCCAGAGCUGUCAGGUCUGCUGUCAGUCUGACAAUUCCGCGACGCUUAACUUCCGCUAUUACGACCCCUUAAUGGAGAACAAGAUUACCCUACACCUGAGUUUUAAUGGCCAAUCCCUGCCUUUCCAUGCCUGGAAGACUCGCCACAUCUUUGGAAGCAUGUUCCAUAUCCACUUCUCUUACCCGGAAUAUAUCCCCAGUGUUUACGAACUUCGCAUUGAGAAUCGGUACGGGAUGACGAGGGUUGAGUUUGAAGUCCUGAAUCAGCCCAAAUCUAUAGCUACAACUAAGGCCCCGUGUACAUCGCUGGCCUGUAAGCUGGGGAGAUCGGUCAGGAACGACGUCAUUGGUGUCCCAAGAAAUCUGACCACGAGCGUGUAGUCUGCUG